AUGAAUCAAGCAUUCGCUCCAUCGGCCGGGCACUUUGUCGACUUCUACACCGCCAUGGCUACGAAUCAAUCAAAUCGAUUGCUCAACCUCCCAGGCGAACUCCAAACUGCAAUCUACAAGCUGAUCAUGCCACGUCGGAGGAUCGUGUUAUUCCUCCAAGAACCGGACCUCGAUCGGUACAGACCGGGUCACUUGCAGUGGCUGUCUAGAAUGAUGGGACCACCUUCGUCACGACGAGGCCGACUGCGUCGUCUCUGCUCAGUAUUUAUCUGGUACACGUUCGGUGCUGGGAGUCGAGCCCAGUUCCUGCGUGUUAUUCGACUUUUCCCAACUUGCAAGGCCAUGUAUCUUGCGCUGAAGCCCAUGAUCUGGGAUCUGGUGACAGUGGUGUUAUACGCUGACUGGACUCUCGCCAUGCAGUUCUGGACUGUCAGAGAAAAGAUCGCAAGUCGCAACUAUCCUUUGAGGUACCUCGACAUUCGAAAAGCAAGUGCAAGGUUCAUCCGGAAAGAACUCAAGCGGUUGAUCAUGUGCUUUCGGCAGCUCAAAAUGGUCACUAUACUUCCAGAUUGCAAGACGUGGCAUAUGUUGCUUGCAAUCGUGGAGAUUGGGAAACAAUGCGGACUGUCGAAUGCAUACGUUAUGUGA